AUGGAGGCGGCGGCCAAGCAGGAGCAGGGCGGCGGGUCCCAGCCUGCCGCCGCCCACGACCAGCCGCCCGAGUCGCCCACCCCUCCGCAAGCCGAUGAGCAGCCCCCGCCAGAAGACGAUGAGCAGCCCCCGCCGCAAGCCGAUGAGCAGCCCCCGCCGCAAGCCGAUGAGCAGCCGGCGCCGCUGUCCGAGGUCAAGGGCGACGCACCAGCCCUGUGCUGCCCCGCCUGCGGCGCCAUCGCCCUCACCGACAAGGAGCUGGCGAUCGUGCGCAAGCCGGGGCGGCGCAGCAAGCGCGACGAGCACGACCCGCGCAACCGCCCCGAGAACCUGAUCACCCCAGGCUUCCUCCUGCAGCACAUCGUGACGGCCGGCAUGAGCCUGCGGGACAUCGGUUCCUUCCAUGGCUACACAAUCUCCACCCUCUCCCGCCGCGCCAAGCAGGAAGGGGUGCUGGUGGGGGCACGGGCGCGCCGUGCAAACGCGGCGGCAGCGGCGGGCGGCGCGGCGUCCGGGGCCGCCGAGGGCAGCGACGGGGCGCUGUCGGAUGCGGCGCCGGCGCCCCGGGCGCGGCUGCAGCAGCAGAAGCAGAAGCAGCAGCAGCCGCACAAGCGGGUGCAGCAGCCGCGGCAGCAGGGCCGCGGUGGGGCCGCGGGCAAGAAGCAGGCGCGGGGUUCGGACGAUGAGGAUGGGGCUGGGGAGGGCUCAGAUGGCCCCUUCGUGCGUCACGAAGGAGGGGCAGGCGCCGCGCCCAAGCGUCCGCGCCGCGCCGCGGCGCACAAGGCGCGGCACACGGCGGCGGCGGCGGCGGCGCUGCACUCCCCGCCGCUGCCGAUGGCGGCGCCCCCCGAGCUGUACAGCUACCCUGUACUGCCCCCGCCCCUGGCCGACCUGUGGGGACGCCAGGCGCAGGUGCAGGCGGUACAGGCGGUACAGCAGGACGCGGCCCUGCAGCAGCAGCAGCUGGCGCUCAUGCAGCAGCAGUGGGGCGCGCAGGCGGCGGCCGCGCAGGCGCAGGCGGCGACCGCCGAGCAGGCGCAGGCGGAGCUGUGGCAGCAGCACCAGCAGCAGCUGAGCCUGCACCACCACCACCACCACCAGCCCUCGGCGCCCGCCGCGGCCGCAUACUCCCAGCACCGGCAGCGGCAGCACGGCAGAGGCGGGAGGGGCGGCGGCGGGCUGGAGCAGCAGCAGGCUCGGGGCGGGGAUGGCGAGGAUACUGACCUGGAGGCGGUGGCGGGGCUGGUGGAGCUAGCGCAGGGCAGAAAGGGUGGCACGCCGCAGGAUGCGCAGCCGCCAGGGGCCUCCCCGACCGCCAGCGAGGAGGCAGAGGGCCGGCCUGCGGGCCAGCAGAACGGGGCCGUGCCGCCAGGAGCGCAGGGAGCGCGGGGGCGGGUGCCGCAGCCCUGGGCGGGGCAGCGAGGCGGCGCCGCCGGCGCGGGCCAGGGGGAGCAGCAGCAGGCGGCGCCGCCGACAGGAGAGCCCCUGCAGCAGCAGGGCCGGCAGCAGCAGCCAGGGAAAGAGCUGAAGCCUGGGGCAGGAGCAGAACAGCAGCCGGGAGCUGGUGACUCUAGCAGGGAGCAUCCCAAGCAGCCGCAGCCGCAGCAGCAGCAGCGCCAGGGGGCGGCAGCCGUAAGCGGCGAACCGGGGGCUGAGCCUGCGCAGCAGCGGCAGCAGGAGGGGGCCGGUGGGCUCGCCGGCGCGCAGCCGGCGCCCUGGCCGGCGCCGCCGCCCAAGCAGGCACCCGGCGAGCCGCAGCCCGCCGGCAGCGACCGCGAGGCGGCGCCGCCUGGCGCCCACACGGCCGCCGGCGCCGCUGAGCAGCGGCCCGCGGCCAGCGCCGGCAGCCCUGCCGCCGACGGCGGCCCCGGCGAGGGCCCCGGCGCCAGCGGCGGCGGCGACGCGCCCCAGCUGGCGGGGUCGGAGGUGGCGGCGCGGGCGGUGCAGCACGUGAUGCAGCGGGCUGUGGCUGCCUUCCAGGCCGCCGACACGAGCAGCCCCGGCGCCAUGCUGCGCCCCCUCAACUGGGUGCUCCUGGCGGGCAAGGGCGGCUCGCUGCUGCAGGAGGUGGUGGCCCGCUGGCACACCUACCCCCCCGACAAGCAGCGAGACCUCUUCUCCACUGCCGUGCUGGUAGCCAGCCAGGGGCAGUGGGAGCGGCUGGAGCCGGAGCUGCGGCUGGAGCUGGGGGCCUGA